CACAUUUAAAAGGAAAGCAUAAGAGGAAGUGUGCGCGCUUUGUCGCUGCAGAAGUGUGAAACGAUCAUCUCCCGCCGCGUCGUCAUGGCUUUCACAAAGACCUACACUGGAGGCAUGGACACAGACUAUGAAUAUUACAGCUAUGACAAUAACACAGAUAAUAAAGAAGACUUCAUCUGCGAUGACGAAGAGUUGAUGUUCCAAGACUUUUACUCCGUGUUCAGCCCGGUCCUCAACAGCCUCAUCUUCCUCGUGGGUUUGGUCGGAAAUGGCCUGAUGGUCACCAUCCUCCUGAAGCGUCACCGUCGGCUGCGCAUCACUGAGAUCUACCUGCUGCACCUCGCCCUGGCCGACCUCAUACUGAUAUUCACGCUGCCUUUCAACGUGGUCGAAAGCGUCGCAGGAUGGCUGUUCGGGGAGUUUUUCUGCAUGCUCUAUGGCGUGUUGAGAAACCUGUACCUCCUGUGUGGGAGUUUCCUCCUGGCUUGCAUUGGAUUCGAUCGGUAUCUGGCCAUCGUCCACGCAAUCCCCAGUAUGCAAAGUCGACGCCCAAAAAGAGUGCACCUGACCUGCGCAUCACUUUGGCUCAUCUGUUUCCUGUUGUCACUGCCCAAUGCCGUCUUUCUCUCCGUCAAGUCAAGCAAAAAUGACUCCUUGCCCGAGUGCGAUUAUUAUCGUUAUGAAAUCAAUGCGCAAAACUGGGUUCUGGCCAACAGGUUCUUGCAUCAUGUGAGCUUUUUCUUCUCUCUGGCUGUCAUGUGUUACUGUUAUACUGCACUUGUCAUCACUUUGUUCAAGAGUCAGAAAAGCCAAGCAAAGAAGGGAGCCAUCCGGCUGGCCUUGCUCGUCACCACUGUCUUUUGUGUCUGCUGGCUACCCAACAACAUCACCUCGCUGAUGAAAACUCUCGCUGAACUGGAAGUCGUAAAGAGUGACACCUGUUGGCCCAAACUAGUCCUAGCUCAAGCUCAUACUGUGACAGAGAGUCUGGGUGUCUCACACUGCUGCCUCAACCCGUUCCUGUACGCGUUUGUUGGGGUGCAGUUUCGUAACGAGCUUUUGCAUCUUCUGUGUCGUCUGGGCUGCAGCCGCUUUUGCCUGCGGUUUGUCAAAGCUCAAAAUUACGGAAGACCGUCUGUUUCUGAUGGAACGACAUCGAACAGCAUGGUCAUGUACUAACUUACAACUCAGAUUUAUCUAGUCCAAAGUGCUACCCAAUAGGGCUGGACCAAUAAAUCAAGAACAAUAUAUAUCUCAAUAUCAAUAGAUAAUACAUCUGAAUAUUAGCUCAACCUCUGAUGGCUAGCUAAGUAAGGUUGGUGGUAGACCUGUCACAAUAACAAAUUGUCCCAGACGUUAUUGUGAUAAAUGACAAUAUUGUUGUGUGAUUCCA